AUGACCGCAUGGGAAAAGGAGUCCCCAAUCCCCCCCAAUCCCCUUGUGCCCCCUUCUCCUGAUCCUCACUACGCGAAAAAGGCCCUCUUGGUGCUGACGUUCGUCAACUGCUGGGACGUGGGCUGGGCCACCAAGGUGCAGGACACCUUCACGUACGCCAAGCUGCUGGCGCUCUUCAUCAUCAUCAUCACGGGCGCGUACCAGCUCUUCACGGGCCACACCGAGCACUUCACCUUCAAGGACAGCAAGCACGAGGUGACCAACAUCGCGCUCUCCUUCUACUCGGGUCUGUUCGCGUACAACGGCUGGAACUACCUCAACUUCAUCAUCGAAGAGCUUAAGGACCCAGUGAAAAACCUGCCCCGAGCCAUCGGCAUCUCCUGCCUUCUCGUCACCAUCGUAUACGUCUUUGCGAACGCCGCCUUCUACACCACACUCUCGCCUGCCGAUGUCCUCAAGUCGGAGGCCGUCGCCGUGACCUUUGCCAACCGGCUGUACGGCAGUAUGGCCUGGAUCAUCCCCGUGUUCGUCGCCAUGUCCACCUUCGGCGCCGUCAACGGCAUCCUGCUCACGUCGUCGAGGCUGUUCUACGCCGGGGCGUGCGAGGGUCAGAUGCCCGAGAUCCUCACCAUGAUUCAGAUCCAGCGGCUGACGCCCACGCCGGCCGUGCUGACCAUCGCCCUGCUGUCCCUGCUUUACCUCACCGUGUCCGACAUCUUCGCCCUCAUCAACUACGUCGGCUUCGCCACCUGGCUGAGCAUUGGCGUGGCGGUGCUGUGCCUGCCGUGGCUGCGCUGGAAACAGCCCGACCUGGCUCGGCCCAUCAAGGUGAACCUCUUCUUCCCCAUCAUCUACAUCAUUGCCUCCGUGUUCGUCACCGUCGUGCCCAUGUUCGCCAGCCCCUACGAGACCUUGUACGGCACCCUGAUGAUCCUCUCAAGCGUACCGGUGUACUUUGUAUUCGUCAGCUGGAAAAACAAACCCAAGUCUUUCCAGCGCGGCGUCGCUCGUGCGACUAGAGUCCUCCAGAAGCUUAUAAUGGUUGUACGGCCGUCCAAUAAGUAGGGGCAACGAGGUGCCUGCAGAAGCUCAUGAUGGUCGUGGGCAAGCAGAACCCAUCCACGGUGUGAGGGGGCCGGACGGACGGUCUUCCCUCUGGCCGGCUGCGCAGCCACGCUUGUGCCUCCGCCCAACUGGACUUGACUGCCUCGUUCAUCCACCUGCCCCAUAUCACGUUGAUCAUCCUUUCAUCUUCCUUUUAUCUUCACUUUUCUCUCCUGUGAGAUUUCUUUUUUUUGUUGUGACGUAAUCACUUUUCUGUAAAUAUGAACCUCAUGGGAGCGUUCAGUUUAUUUUAUUUUUCUGCGAAGAGAUUUCUAGGACAAAAUAACGCGCUUUUUAAAUCUCAUCGUCGGGAAUCCUACGUCUUCCACGCUAGCCAUACUCGCGGAGGGUAUCUCUCCGUGAAGGGUACAGACGGAUAGGUUGCUUGUUCUGUGAUUUUAUUUAAUCAGUUAAUAAGUUGAACUUCCCCCAAAUUGAAUGUGUUAUUUUGUUGCAUUUAUUGUUAUGUCCACUUUAUUUUUUUUUGUAAAUAAUCAUGAGUGUUUUUGAAUCCAACAUUACUAUUAGCAUAUAUCAUCAAUUACUUUGAUCUCGUUCCAGCAAGGCUACUAGUGUGUAAGGAAUUCAAUCCGUCAUAAGCAUUCCUUAAGUAAAUAACUUUUUGUGUGAGCUUAUGCUUGUACUAUGUAUCCUUGCCAAAAGUCCAUUAUGCUGGCCAGAAAGACUUAAGUUACUCUAGUAUGGAUCAGAGAUUGAAACAUGUUCUAUUACUAUAUCAGUUAAGUUAUUCAGAGUUAACACGGGAGAAAUCUCAACCCCUUAUUGGGAAUCUAAGUUUUUGUGUAAGUAAGUGUUAUAUGCUGGAUGUAUUCAGAUGCAGUAAAAUAUUUAUAAAGCUGUAAAAUAUGUUGAGCAGUGAUGUCCAAGUGGGCUUUUCUUGUAUGUUUCACAUUCAAAGUUAAUUGGGCUCCAACAAGCAACAAGCUUUACUGUUUGCAAAGCUUUUAUGUCUUGAACCACUAGGGAUUUGCUGUUUCCCUGUGGAUGAUGAGUAAAUACUGCUAUGUACGAAUAGACUGUAAAUAAAAACAAUAAUCGCUAUGAUAUGCAUAAAUUGUGUGAGCAAAAUAUGACAAUACUGUUACUUUAAGUAAUGAAACGUAGAAAAAAUAUUUACUUAAAUAUUUUCUUGAGAAAAUUUUAUGGAAUUGUGAUGUGCUAUAUUACCUACAUCAGUGUCCAUCUGGAACUAUUUUAUGAAUGGACAAGAUGAAGUUUCUUGAAAAUGUAAUGGUAUCGGCUACCUCUGAAAAAAAUUGGCGAUACAUACAUCACACUGACUUUGUGAAAUAAUUGUUUUUCAUUGUAAUGUUUUAAAGUGAAUGCUAGCGCUGGCAUCUUGAAAAACAAUAUGGCAGUAUUAAUUUCUUUUUGGCCUAAUUUCCAGUAUUUGGCACUAUCAAGUGUCCAAUGGCAUGUUUAUUUUUGUAAUCAGGAUUCUUACUCUGUUCUUGUUGUAGCACUUCUGUUUUUUGUCAUAUAGAAUUUGGUUCUAUAGUACAAAUUGUUGAAUGAUAUAUUUUUGUUAUAAUUUUGCUGCUUGUUUCUCAAGUGUGGCACAGAUAGUUGACCAGUAGAAAAGUCAAAGUGGUGUGAAGUGUUAUGGAUCAUAACUUUUGUUUACUGCCAUUCCCUACUCAACCCACCUAAUUUAUAUAUAUGUAACCUUAUCCAGUGGUUUGUUUUGUUGAGUAAAACCAAUGAUCAUUUCUUACAA